UCUCCAGCCUCAUUUGUCUGCAGCCGCUCCCCCCUCCUCAGCGACACCCCGCCGUACUCGCCUGCCUUGCCUCUCUCAACCAUCCGUCAAUCGAUCAAUAUCGCCAUGGCCGAACAACCCAACUCCACCUCUGCCAACAUCUCUUCGCUGGCCACCAGCUUUGCCGAGCGCCUCAAGCCUCUCAGCGCAUCCCUCGGCAAGAACAUCACGCAACUCUCCCAGCUGGCCCGCGAGCGUAUAAGCGCCAACGCCGAUGUCACCGAGCUUCCCCAGGAGUACCGUGAUCUGGAAGACCGAGUCGACCGCAUCAAGACCUUCCACGAGAACUUUAUCCGCGUCGGCCGCAACUAUACUCUUCCUCACUACGACUACGAGGCACCUCUCUCGGAAACCCUCGGCAGCUUUGCUUCGAAGGCUGGCGAUCGCGCCUCCGGACUCGCCGCCUCUGGAGCCCGUGCUGUCGGCGUUGCCGGUGCUGAGACCAUUGCUCCUCCAAAGCCUGCUCGUGAAGAAGCUCCGUCGGGCUUGAGCCACGCCUUCUCUCGCGCCGCCACUCAAGCUGCUCUUUCCCUGGGCACUCAGGAGCCUCUGGGUGCCGCUCUCCAGCGCUUUGCUGCCACCCACGACAAGAUUGCCAACGCCCGUCUGAAGCAGGACCACGAGGCCGUCGCAAAGUUCUACCAGCCCUUCAGCACCACUCUUAACCAGACCAUUGCGCACGCCAUGAAAGCCCGCAACAACGUCAAGGCCGUCCGCCUCAACUACGACGCCGCUCGUGCCAAGCUGAAGGCUGCCCGGCCCGAGAAGGUCGAGCCCGCCCGCGUCGAGAUGGAGGCGGCCGAGGAUGAGUUUGUGACUGCCGUGGAUGAUGCCAUGGGCAAGAUGAAGCUCGUGGUCGAGAGCACCGAGCCCCUCAAGAACCUGACCGAUCUCGUUGCGAUCCAGCUGGCCUACUUCAAGGAGGCCCACGAGGCGCUGGCCGAGCUUGCUCCUGAGAUCGAAGAGCUCCAGGUGACCAACGAGGCUCUCCUGCGCAACCCGGCCGAGUAAACCAUCGCUGUGAGAAGGCUGGGGCGACGAUUACAGCCUCCCAGCAAAGUCCCCCUGGCUUCGGUGCAAUUGAUCGUCACGACAACCAAAAGAAACGAAAGAAAAAAAGGCAGGGCCAGUCCAAUCUGAUCUGUUGCCUGCUUGAUCCACUUUCGUAUAUUGCCUUUGUUUUUUUCUUUUCUAUUUUUCUUUUCUCUCUCUCCAUGUUCCGAACCACAUACGUUUGUCCCCCCUUUCCUUUGUUCAUUUCUGUUUGAUGUAGCAGCAGCCCUGGCUGUGAAAAUAUACAGCAAACUCAUUUUGAAA